CGAUGACGUCAUUCUCCGUUCGCGGCAUGUGACGUCACGCCGUCGCGAGAGCACGCGCGUGAACGCUGUUGUCGUCCACGUGACCCGCGGGUGAUCAGAAUUGUGAUGGUAGCAAGUAGUCGGAGUGUACUAAAUAUAUAUUUUUAAAUAGAACGUUGAAUAUCGUAGAACUGUUAUAGCGCUUGGGAAAACGUAACUUCUAGCACAUCGCGCGUGUGUGGAGUCCCCAGGGGGGGGGGGGGGGCGUGGCUGCAGCCUGACGGAGCGAGUGGGUAGCGAGCGGGCCCCCCCCAAACCACCAGGCCACAAACAACAACAACAACCACCACCCAACCACGCCGACUGGGUUGGAGGAAGAGGAGGAGGAGACCCACGGUCGUCGUGUUAAACAUUCACAACUCGAAGACCGCUGCUAACCGAGUGGUGAUGUCGGUGAACGUGACGACGCCUCCAGCUGCCCGGGGGGGCACUUUGUGGGUCCUGAACCAUCCCAAGUACAAGGAGCUCCUGGACUUGAAGGUGGCCGAGGACAGCGAGGCAUUCACGACGCUUGUCGUUUACCUUGACCUACUGGAAGUGCGCUGCUGGACGGAGGUGAACACGGCAGCGUCGCGCGAGCUCGGCCUGCUGUACGUGACGGGCCGCCCCGCGGAGGGAAAGCCGCUCACCGUGGUGCUGCCCGUGUCCUCCCAGGCCUCUGUCAGCCACUGCCGGAUUCACGAGAUCAUGAAGCACACGUGCGUGGGCACGGAGCCGGCGAGCGUCACGCUGGCCAUCGCGGAGAGCGAUUCCACGGUGGUUUACUACCGGCUGACGGACGGCCUCGUCACGCCGGAGCCCCCCGACUGCGUCGAGGACGUGGACAACAAGCAGUGGAGGCGGCGCCGACGACGCCAGCUGCGCUGAGGCACAAGCCUAGAGCGUCGCCCUCGCACGGACAACGCCGUGGUGGGGGGCGGGGGGGGGCGGGGGGGGGGGGCGGAUCCGCGCGACCCGGUGUGACGCGCGCAGCGACCCGAUUUGGCGCCGACGUGGAUGCGGCGAUGGCGGGUCGGAGCGGUCGCCAGAUCUGAGCGACCCCCAUCCAAGGAGGCUCGACGGAAGCUCAGCGCAGCGCUUUGGGAGAGAGAGUACGUGACGGCAAACAAAAUUGGACCUGCAUUAAAGAGGCGUAAAACCUCCGCGUGCCACCGCACAAAGGGAUGAGCCAUGCUUCGGGAUUUUAAGAGCAGAACAGAGGCAGAGGGUUUCACUGUGGUCUCGCGGGUACUGAGGAGGCAAGGGUAAAUAAUAGACUCGUAAGGAUUCAACGAUUGAAAUCAGUUUCUCAUGCUCGCGAUGCAGUCGUCAAAAAUGGUGCAUCGAGGAAUCGACUAUGAUUUUGAAGCAUGAUGCUAAUGUACUUUUAGGUUCGAAGAAACGGAACAUAAACGAUCAAGAAAUACGGUGCGAAUGAGACAUUACUAACAGGUCAAAUUAAGGAAUCAAUUCGUGGUCCCACAUUUUGAGGGUUUAGUCUCCAGGAGGGGGAAGUGAAUCGUUGGAUGCUCAGUAAAUUGCACUGACCGGCCCACUAUUGCUUUUGAAUUCUGCUGAUAUCCUGUCACGUUUUAAUCCACUACCACAUCAACUUAUUCCCCAAAAAAACACUUCCUAGAGAAUACUGAACAUCAAAUUGUUGAUUUAAAGCUUUCGUGACUGCAGGGAUUCAUAUUCUUGGUUCUUUCGGUAAAGUCACGUAGAAGGGAAAUAAUAAAAUAGUAAUAUUGUUUAAUAUUUUGAUUAUUUUAUUAUUUCCCUUCUACGUGACUUUACCGAAAGAACCAAGAAUAUCAAAUUUUUUAUGAUCAAUUUUUCAAUAAUGUUACGCUGUUUAACUAUGAAGUACAUUUUGUUUUACGCAACUGUACAACUUUAUUCAAAUUCUUAGCUCUUUCGGUAAAGUCACGUUGAAGGGAAACAAUAAAGUCACGUUGAAGGGAAACAAUAAAAUAUUGUUUCCCUUCAACGUGACUUUACCGAAAGAGCUAAGAAUAUGAAUUACUGCAGUCACGAAAGCUUUAAAUCAAGAUUUAACUUUAUUCAACUUUCAUGUUCUAAUUGUUUCAUGUUUUAAGCACUGAAGAUGCUUGACAAAUGUUUACGAUAAACUCACAGUUCUGUUACUCAUCGCAUUGCCUCCUGUUGACACUAAAUGGUGUUACACUUUAGAUUGUACUUGUGAAGAUAGAAGUAACAAGCUGGGAAGAUAGUAAUUUCAAGGAGCCUAAUGCAUGCAUAUUCACUAUGCUUGUGGGGCAGAAUAACAUUACUUUUAAGAUUAAUAUUUUUUCUUGAAAGUUUCUUGUUGCCAAUCGUGUCCAAAAACUAUUGUAGAUCUGGGCUUUUUGUAUUGGUAAGCUGUGGCGAGUUUCGUAGUGAAAACAUGUUACCUAACAGAUGGAUAGGCAUCAUUAUGCAGGGUGUCUAUAGAGGUAUCAUCCAUUAUUAAAGAAUGUUAAUUCGCACUUUAAUUUCGGUCGAUAAAACUGUACAGGCACUUGGUAGUAUGACAACUUUAUAAGUUUAAUCGCUCUAAACCUUCGCAAAUCUUUCACGGCAUUGGCAACACAUCACACCGAGAUUUGGGAGUCCCCGGGUGUUUGGCAACACCUCAGCUGUGAUUGUUUUGAAUGCCUCUGUUUGGAAUCAACUUGUCAAAGCGCCUGCACAUGGCGAGUGUACGUUUUGAGAUGCGUUACGUGACCUGUGGUGCAAUCCAUACCAAAUUCCAGUUAAGGUCUUUGAAUCGACUUGUGUGGACUAGGCGCUAUGGCUGUGGUCCAACACGUUGAACAGCCUCCCCAGACGUGGAUGGCUUGCGAACUAACGUGCGUGAUUCCAAAUAAACGUGCCAAACAUUUUAAAAUCUACGAUUGCCGGCAUUAAAUGCUCUGCAAUACUGUAGGGUUUUUUUCCCCAAGUCUUAAGAAAUAUUAUUGUAACGAAGACACGACUUUAAAAUAUCGCUUACACAAUCUUGCUUUAUAUAGUAAUAUAAGGAUGCUCUUGGUGGUUUGCUGACAUCUAGUGGUAAAAAAACCCGUGUGUUAGUGUAUCGAUCAAACUGAUGUCAAUUCUUGUUUAAUAAUAGAGGGCACCUUUAUGGACACCUAAUACUUUUGCUGACCUUACCAAUUGGCAGUCUCGCAGCUCCUUCACAAUGUACAGUUUAAAAAUGACGUUUUUAAAAAACAAAUUAAUUUGGUACUGGCGAAUUUGAGAUUCGAGUGUUUUUUUUUGACAACUGUUGUGCAUACGAUGGGUCCCCUUGUUUAAGAGACCACAAGGGCAAUCGGUGGACGUGAGCCCUGACUCACCGUGGAAGAAAACCACAGUGCUUCGGCCGUGUUCCAUGACACGGCGUGGACUGGACGGGCCUGAGAGAGGCUGUUGUACGGUCUGCAGAUAACAGCGGAUCUUCUUUCGUAUGAAUUAAUAACAGCAGAUUAAAGAUGUAAUUGUAGAUUUGUUAUCCGCUCAAUUGUCUGUUCAUAAGCAGAGUGGUUCUCCUCCAUUCCUCCUGUGAAGGAGUGAAGACAACAGCGGCGUGUUUACGAUGUGGUCCAUGGUUUGGAAUUCGUGGACGCACUCGCAGGCCGCCGAAUCUUUGAUGUGCCAUUUGUGGCAUCAAGGUGGGCGCAUCGGCCAUGCCCGGUCCCGAUUCGGUUGAUGGUCGAUCAUCGGCGGCGUGGAAGGUUGAAUCGCAACUCGCCCUGGUUCCCCACGGCCGCGUACAAAGAGAGCUCAAUUCAAGUGUUACCUGGCUCCACCUUGUGGCAGUAUCCGCAACGUCGACACGCAAAGUACCGACAAGGAAACUUGCGCAACCUGCAAGUAGCCGUCAUCUUGACAGAUUCAAUCAGUAUCAUCUUGUUAAAACAUAACUUUUCCCUUGAACGCUUUACAUUUGACCUAAUUUAUGGACGGUUAUUUUGCAGGUCCUGUUUAUAUCCAGUUUUGUGUAUAAGGUUCAUGUUUAAACUGUGACAAAAAA